AUGAAUAGCCUUAAUGUCCCUCUAUUCACGGCGGUUGCAGAUCUGUUGCUCAGCCGCGUUGGCCAACACGCACAGUCAAUGCGUUUUAUCUCCGGCCAACUGAUUCUAGCUCGCUACACGCAUUCUGCUCCGCCGUCACGCCGUUUGGACAUGGUAUUGGUAGGAAUCCUCUCCGCAGCCUAUGGCCGGCCAGACGGGGGCUACAACUACGAACCGCCCAGCGGGCACGGAGGCGGGGGUUCGGAGCCUGUUAUCCAAAAACACAUCUACGUCCACGUGCCGCCCCCAGACCCCGAAUUCCAUGCUCCGCCUCAGAGGGUAGUCCCAGCUCCGCCUCCGAAAAAGCACUACAAGAUCGUAUUUAUCAAGGCACCAACCUACGCACCGCCUGCUGCCCCAGUUAUACCAGAGAUACCGCAGAAUCAGGAGAAGACUCUCAUCUACGUCUUGCAUAAGAACCCUUCAGAUGCUCCACCUAUAAUCAUACCAACUGCCAAACCUACCCAGCCAUCCAAACCAGAAGUCUAUUUCAUUAGAUAUAAAACACAGAAGGAGGUAGGAUAUGCUGGAGGUCAGGAUGGAGGGCACGGUGGCGGUGCUGCAGGCGGCCAUGGAGGUCACGGAGGAAUCAUCGGCGGUCACGGAGGAGCAGCGGUCACAGGUCACGGUGGCGGUCACGGAGGCGGUCACGGAGCCCUCCUCGGAGGUGGUCACGGGGGUGGGGUCAUCGCUGGUGUGGGAGUGCUCGGUCACGGUCUGAGCGGUCACAGCCACGACUCCGGUUACUCACCGAGCAGCCCGAGUAGCACCGCUGUCUACAGCAGUAGCACAGCAGCUCCGGUCAUAUCCAGCCCGAGGGCCCCCUUCCUCAGGGUCAGGACUGCGACCCCAAAGUUCGUCACCCCUACCCCCACAACUUCCUAG